AAGUUCUGGCAAGUCGUUCACAGAAGGUUUAUUUUGGCUUUCCUCGUCGCUCUUCCGCCGCCAUUAAAUACACAGAACAACACCAUGGGGUUCAGAUAUUAAAAUUAUUUAGAACUGAAAGGGGAAAGGGGGUCGUUUCCACAUCGGGUAUCUUCUAAUUGUUGUGAGUUCUGACAAAUCGGAACAAUGUAAUACGUUGAGGUCACACAAAACAGACAAAACGGGAAAGGCUCAAGCUCGAGAGGACGAGGGACUGCUGGGCAACUGGAAGGGUUUGUUGUGUUUGUGUACCCGAGGAAGAAGUAAUACUCUCCUAGAAACAGCACUGUGUUGCCUGUCCUCUUUACGGGAUCUGACAGAAGUGUGUGAGAGGGUGCCUGUGAAUCUGACAAAUCAGCAAUGACGGAGCUUGGGGUGAAAUGGGCCUGUGAGUACUGCACUUAUGAGAACUGGGCAUCCGCAAUUAAAUGCACCAUGUGCCGUGCCCCAAGGCCCGGUUCUCCUAUCAUCACUGAGGAGCCCUUCAAGAGCAGCCCAAUGCUGGAUCCUGGCCGUGAGUGGGACCCCCAAGGGAUGAGGGGUGGCAGCAGCCUCCUCAUUUGCCCUGACUCCAGUGCACGACCCCGUGUCAAGCUGCCAAACCAGGCUGAAUCCAGCAGCAAGUGGACUUGCCACAUAUGCACCUACCUGAACUGGCCUCGUGCCAUCCGUUGCACCCAGUGCCUGUGCCAGCGCACACGCACGCGCAGCCCCACCGAGUCCCCGCAGACCUCAGGUUCCGGCUGCAGGCCGGUGCCCCCGCCUGUGGACCCUUGCGAGGAGUACAAUGACCGCAACCGACUCAACACACACACUCAACACUGGACCUGCUCCGCCUGCACCUAUGAGAACUGGCCAAAGACUCGCCGCUGUGUUGUGUGCGACCAUCCCCGGCCCAACAGCCACCCAGAGCCCAUCCAGCCGCCCGAGUCGGACGACUCUUCCUCUUCACUCAUCAACGAGCAGGACCGAGCUCGCUGGAGGGCCGGGGGAGGCAGCUGCAGUGGCGCCGGGAGUCAGCGCAGGUCCCCCCCCACCUCCAAGAGGGAGGCCGAGCUGCAGAUCCAGGACUUUCAGAGGAUCGAGCUGGCCGCAGCUGCCAUGAGCACCAAGGAAGAGCAGGAGGUAGACUUCAAAAAACUCAAGCAGAUCAAGAACCGCAUGAGGAAAACGGACUGGUUAUUCCUCAAUGCUUGCAUAGGUGUGGUGGAGGGUGACAUGGCUGCCGUCGAGGCCUACAAGUCAUCCGGUGGCGACAUCGCCCGGCAGCUGACCGCAGACGAGGUGCGGCUGCUCAACCGGGCGUCGGCGUUUGACGACGGCUUCACACUGGUGCACUUGGCCAUCCGCUUCCAGAGGCAGGACAUGCUGGCCAUCCUGCUCACUGAGGUCUCGCAGCAGGCGGUCAAGUGUAUCCCGGCGAUGGUGUGUCCAGAGCUGACAGAGCAGAUCCGGCGCGAGAUCGCCGCCUCCCUGCACCAGCGCAAGGGAGACUUUGCCUGCUACUUCCUCCCCGACCUGGUGACCUUCACCCUUCCAGCAGAUAUUGAGGACCUGCCUCCUGCUGUUCAGGAGAAACUUUUUGAUGAGGUGCUCGACCGGGAUGUCCAGAAAGAAUUGGAGGAGGAGUCUCCAGUGAUUAAUUGGUCUCUGGAGCUUGGCACGCGGCUGGACAGCCGGCUGUAUGCGCUGUGGAACCGCACGGCCGGGGACUGUCUGCUGGACUCUGUGCUCCAGGCCACCUGGGGCAUCUACGACAAGGACUCGGUCCUCCGCAAGACGCUCCACGACAGCCUACACAACUGCUCCCACUGGUUCUACACACGCUGGAAGGAGUGGGAAUCCUGGUACUCUCAGAGUUUCGGCCUGCACUUUUCACUGAGAGAGGAGCAGUGGCAGGAGGACUGGGCCUUCAUUCUGUCUCUGGCCAGCCAGCCUGGAGCGAGCCUUGAGCAGACCCACAUUUUUGUUCUUGCACACAUUCUCCGUCGGCCGAUCAUAGUCUAUGGAGUCAAGUAUUACAAGAGUUUCCGUGGUGAGACGCUAGGCUACACCCGAUUCCAAGGUGUGUACCUACCUUUGCUAUGGGAACAAAGCUUUUGUUGGAAAAGCCCUAUUGCUCUUGGUUACACAAGAGGCCAUUUCUCUGCAUUGGUUGCCAUGGAGAAUGAUGGCUACGACAAUCGAGGCGCAGGCGCCAACCUCAACACUGAUGAUGAUGUCACAGUGACGUUCCUGCCACUGGUGGACAGUGAGAGGAAGCUGCUGCACAUCCACUUCCUGUCUGCUCAAGAGAUGGGGAACGAGGAGCAGCAGGAGAAGCUGCUGCGGGAGUGGCUGGACUGCUGUGUGACGGAGGGGGGCAUGCUGGUGGCGCUGCAGAAGAGCUCCCGGCGCAGGAACCACCCGCUGGUCACGCAGAUGCUGGAGAAGUGGCUGGACGGCUACCGGCAGAUCCGCCCCUGUGCCACCCUCUCGGACGGCGAGGAGGACGAAGACGACGAGGAUGAAUGAGUGGCAGGACAGGAGUGCACUAAGGGAGGCUUACGGGCGGGAUGCCCUCAGGGUGGUGG